AUGGAACAGUCGGAGCCCCCGAGGCCUGUCUUUCACAACUACCUGCGCGCCUUUUACCCUUUUCACCCGGCCGGAAACGUUUCGCCGUCGACCGUUACUCUUCCUCUGGAUCAGGGAGACAUCAUCUUGGUUCACUCUGUUCACACCAAUGGCUGGGCCGAUGGUACCCUAUUAGAUUCUGGGAAUCGAGGCUGGCUACCCACGAAUUAUUGCGAAGCAUACGACCAAAUGCCUAUGCGCCCUUUGCUCAAGGCCUUGACUGAUUUCUGGGAUAUCAUUCGAGGAGGAUGCGGGUCAUCACUAAAAGAUUUUGGAAACCAAGAUUUGAUGAGAGGCCCUAUCGCUGGCGUUCGGUUUCUUUUGGAAAAGUCUGAAUGUCUCACGAGAGAGUCACCCUUGGUAAGGAGAUUUGAUGGACUGCGAAGGAUUCGGAAGGCAUUGCUCUCUGAUCUAUCUUCGCUGGUGAAGACCGCGAAGAAGUUCCAGGAAGUCGCCAACGGAACACCGUCAGAAGACGAAGUCGAGGGAAUCCUGGAUGAAAUGCUUCUGAAGGCUUUCAAGAUUGUGACCCGCGGAGUUCGUUUCCUCGACGUCUGGAAUGAAGAGGUUGGCUUGAGCAGGACUAUCGCUGAAUUGGAAUCAAACGAGCCCCGAGACCAAUACGAUAUGCCCCCCACACCGGCUUCUGAGAGCUUCUCUUGCGAAACCGAACACCCUGAACGCAACGAGUCACGAAUGAUGGAAUCGCGAAUGGAAUCUCGCAUGGAGUCACGCAUGAUGGAGUCACCACAGAUGAGCCGCAGCCGUAUGGACAUGAGCCGAGCCUCAAUGAGGACCGAAUCGCUUGACCACCCCCCUCGACCGGUCUCCGUUGCCACGAAGCGAGUCUCGGUCUCUCAUCGUAUGUCAUUCUCGGGUCCUUCCGCUUCUAUACGUGCUCAGAACUUGGCAUCUGAGCGUCUUGGUACCACUUAUGAUGCCUUCCUUGGAGUGCUUGGGUCAUUCAUUGGACUUCACAUGCAGUCUCGUUCAUCAACCGAGCUGGUUGUCACCACUCAGCAGGCUGUGCAAUCCUGCCGAGCUUUGCUUAACGUAGUUGAGUCAGUCUGUGAGCAUGAUACCCAGCGCAGUGUGCUUCUAGACCAGGCCCGUGAGUCAAUGUGCGAGAAGCUGUCUGAGCUUGUCCACGCUGCACGCGAUGUGUUCUGCCCAGCUCAAUCUUCUGAUGAAGAUUUGGUAUUCAUGCCAGAUGAAGGAAAACGCCUGGUUGACGCUGCCACAGACUGUGUCCGCGCUGCUGGCAAUUGUUUGGCGAGGGCUCGCCUGGUGCUUGAGCAAAUUGGGGACAUUGAACUUGAUCCCGAGAACACAGAGACUGAGAAAUCUCUCUCCGUCUUCCCCCCCCCUCCUCUUCAGAUCCCCAGCACUACUUAUUCUCCUCCCACACCUGCUCUUACCGAUGCCACCACUCCAUCCUCCUUCCAGUCUCACAUCACCAACAGUCCCGCCAACCUUUCCGCCUUGUCUUCUCUUCCUAACUCUGCCAUCCUCCCCACUCACCUUGAGAACAUGGCCUCCUUCUCAUCCACUGACAGUGGAUAUCCUGAAAGCCAUGCCAAAUCCGAUAUGACUGAAUCAUUCGGCCGUGGUGUGACGAGCAAUGGCAGCAGCUUCACGUACAACCGCCAUGCACGUGACUCUGAGAUGAGCGGUGUUUCGCAGACCUCCACUCGGGCUACAUCGCCUGAUAUCGGUGGUAGCUUCCAAGGAAGCUUCCAUGGUCCCUCGUUGAAGGAGAGUGUUAGCCACUCGACCCUCGCCGAGGAGAAUGAGGAGACCGAGGCCCACCUUCUCGAGAAGACUUAUGCCCACGAGCUGAUCUACAAGGAAGGUUCGGUGAUGGGUGGCAGCCUUCGUGCUCUCAUCGAGAAGCUCACUGCUCACCAGUCCACCCCUGACGCCUUGUUCGUCUCAACCUUCUACCUGACCUUCCGUCUCUUCGCCACGCCCCUUGAGUUUGCCGAGGCUCUCGCUGAACGUUUCGAGUACAUCGGUGAUACUCCCCACGCUGCUGCACCUGUCCGCCUGCGUGUUUACAACAUCUUCAAGGGCUGGCUUGAGUCUCACUGGCGCCACGACCGGGAUAACAUCGCUCUCGAUUUCAUUCUGCACUUUGCCAGGACCAGACUGGUUGUUGACCUGCCCACUGCUGGCAAGCGUCUGAUCGAACUGGGAGAAAAGGUGUCUGCAGUCCACGGACCUGUUGUGCCUCGCUUGGUUUCUUCUAUCGGCAAGACUAACACCUCCAUUGCCUCUUACAUUCACCCCGACACUCCUCUGCCCCCUCCCGUACUCGGAAAGAAGGAAACCAACCUUCUCAAAUCGUGGAAGAACAACGAAGCCUCGCUCAGCAUUCUUGACUUUGACCCACUUGAGCUCGCUCGGCAGUUGACUAUCAAGGAGUCCCGCAUCUUCUGUUCCAUUCUCCCCGAGGAACUCCUGGACACGGAAUGGACCAGGAAGAGCGGCUCCUUGGCUGUGAAUGUUCGCGCCAUGUCCACCCUGUCGACUGAUCUCGCCCACCUGGUUGCUGAUUCCAUCUUGUACCUCGAGGAGCCCAAGAAGCGUGCUACUACCAUCAAGCACUGGGUUAAAACUGCCAACCGGUGUCUCGAGUUAAACAACUACGACUCACUCAUGGCUAUUAUUUGCUCAUUGAACUUGUCAAUGAUCUCCCGGCUCAAGAAGACAUGGGACAUUGUUUCGGCGAAGACCAAGAGUACUCUCGAGAACCUUCGUAGCAUCGUCGAUGUCUCUCGCAACUACGCCGUUCUUCGCCAGCGCCUCCAGAACCACGUUCCCCCCUGUCUGCCCUUCGUUGGUACCUACCUGACCGACCUCACCUUCGUGGACCACGGCAACCAGUCGCUCCGUACCUUGUCGAUCGAUGAAAGCAAGAUGGCAGUAAUCAACUUUGACAAGCACAUGAAGACCGCCCGCAUCAUCAGCGAGCUCCAACGCUUCCAGAUCCCCUACCGCCUGACCGAAGUCCCCGAACUCCAGGCUUGGUUACAGAACGAGCUUGUCCGCGUGCGUUCUAACGGCGAAAUUACCGCGCAAACCUUCUACCGCCGCUCCCUGGUCCUCGAGCCCAGAGAAGCAUCUCGCAGCGGCAACACCCUCCAGUCGCAGUCAUCCGACUACAACCACUCUCUUCUCGACAAUGCCAAAGACAAGUUCGAUUUUCUCUCCUGGACCAACCAGUCCAAGGCAAAGUCGGUCCCAACACAUGGCUAA